UCUUCAAAGACGAAAGAUGCUGCAUAAAGAUGGUGCCCACCAUGAUGGAAAGUUUGGCCGGGUAGCACAGGGCAGGUCUGAGACCUAGCUUGAAGAGCUUCGACAUGACAUCGCUGGUCGACAACUUCGGGUGGAUAAUCCUCAAAGACCAAGAUCGAGUGACCACGGAUCUUCAGCUUUCCUCUAUUGGACCGGGCUUCCCGGAUAAUCGCAUCCUUUUCCUGGAACCUGAGGAGCUGGAUGAUAACCGGUCUCGGUCGCUGGCCUGCUGGAGGUUUGGGAGUGAGGGACCUGUGGGCAUGCUCGCAUUCAGGUGGGGAGUGCAGGAUGUCGCUGAAGACUUCCACCAGCAUGUUGGAGAAGAAGGCAGCAGGUUGUGGACCCUCAAUGGAUUCAGUGCAUCUGCUCGGGAAUCCUGGUGGGCUGUGGAAUGCAGAAGAUCAUGUCCAACCUGGUGGGCUACUACUUCAUCGGCCUGCCCUCAUGUUUGCUGCCCGCCCCAGGAUAUUUGGCCUGUGGCACGGUCUCCUGACGUGCGUUUGUCUCGAGACGUCUUUCAUCCUCAUCUUCAAAAUGAACUGGAGAAAAGUCACACAAAAGUUCCAAAAAGUCCAUUGUGGAGGGAGGUGUGGCCAGCGCUGCCUGCAGGAGCACAGGUAUCCACUUCUGUCUAUGGUGCUGAGGGCAGAGCGCCAUCAGAAGGAGGCGUGGCAAGUGCCGACGGCGAGACACAGCUGAACAGAUCUCCCAGCACGGAGGACGUAAUGGACUACCUGGACAUCACGCCCGACUAA